AUGAAGUUCAGCACUUUUGUCUCCUUCGGCCUUACGGCCAUCACCGCUCUGGCAGCGCCUACUCCUAGCAUGAUCAAUGUCAAGCGUAACAUUGUUAAGCGUGCUGCUUCCCUUGAGGAUGUAGCCACUGUCGGUUACGCUACCACCAACGGCGGAACCACUGGUGGUAAGGGCGGAAAGACCGUCAAGGUGUCCACUCUCAGCGAGCUCACCGCUGCCGUCAAGGGUGACGACGCGGCCAUUGUGCUCAUCACUGGUCCCAUAAAGGGCUCCGGUGAUAAUAUCAAGGUCGGCAGCAACAAGUCCGUAAUCGGACAGAACAGCAAGGUCAUCCUUGAGAACUUCACUAUCACAGUCAAGGAUGUCAAAAACGUCAUCCUUCGUAACUUUGCCGUCAAGAAGGUCGUUGGUGGUGAUGCUGUCGCUAUUCAGAAGUCGGACAAUGUUUGGGUUGAUCACCUCGACCUUUCAUCCGACCGUGACCACGACAAGGACUACUACGAUGGUCUCCUCGACAUAACCCAUGCCGCCGACUUCAUCACCGUCACCAACACCGUUCUCCACGACCACUGGAAGGCCUCGCUGAUCGGUCACUCCGACUCGAAUGGAUCCGAGGACAAGGGUCACCUGACCGUGACCUACGCCAACAACUACCUAUACAACCUCAACUCCCGUGGUCCUUCUUUCCGCUUCGGCACCGGCCAUUUUUAUAACAACUACUACGAGAACGUGUCUGACGGUAUCAACACCCGCCAGGGCGCGCAGCUCCUCGUCCAGAACAACGUCUUCGUCAGCUCCAAGAAGGCCCUGUACUCCACCGACUCUGGCUAUGCUGUUGAGUCUGGCAACGACUUCGGUGAUGGCACGAGCACGGCUGAUAAGGGCACUCUGACUAAGGCGCCUUACACUGUCUCUAGCCUCCUCGCUGCUUCCAAUGUCAAGGCGGCUGUUGUUGGCACUGCUGGUAACACGCUCUCUUUCUAA